GAGCGCACACUAGCCAAGUCUCAAAACACAAAAAAAGCUAUUUCGUGCUACACAAGCUACUAGUUUCUUGAUUCACAAGAAACCAGGAAGAUGUUUGAAACAGGAGCAAUAUGGGGUAUAACCGGCACGACCGUGACGAGCUUUAUGUUCAUUUGGGCGAUGUACUCACAAUACGUCCCACGCCAUCUCCGAGUCACCGUCGAGAAAUACGGCUACAAGAUGGUCGGAUGGGUCUCUUUCUACGUCCACAUCAAGUUCACAGAGUACACAGAAGAAGGUCUCAAGAGAAGCGAGAACUACGACGCCAUACGCAACUAUCUAUCCACCAACUCAGCGGCACGUGCGCAGAGGUUAAAGGCUAACGAGUCAAAAAACAGCAAGUCCUUGGUGCUUAGCAUGGACGACCACGAGGAAGUUGAAGAUGAGUUCAAUGGUGUGAAGGUGAAGUGGUACUCCAAUGUGAAAGUGACUCAAACUCAAUCUAACUACGGUAGAACCAGCUCGGACGAGAGGAGGUUCUUCACGCUUACUUUCCAUAGGAGACAUAGAGGGAUGAUCAUCGAGACAUAUCUUAAUCAUGUGAUAGAUGAAGGGAAAGCAAUAGGGUUGAGGAAUAGAGAGAGGAAGCUUUACACUAACAACUCAAGCUCAGAGUGGUAUCCCUGGAGGUCAGGGAAGUGGAGCAAUGUUCCUUUCCAUCAUCCCGCGACGUUCGAGACUUUAGCUAUGGAUCCUGAGAAGAAAGAAAGGAUCAAGAAGGAUCUGAUAAAGUUUAGCAAAGGGAAAGAUUAUUACAAGAAGGUUGGGAAGCCAUGGAAACGAGGGUACCUCUUGUUCGGUCCCCCCGGGACAGGGAAGUCGACGAUGAUAUCCGCGAUAGCGAAUUUUUUGGACUAUGAUGUUUAUGAUCUUGAGCUAACCACCGUGAAGGACAACUCCGAGCUGAAGAAGCUGUUGCUUGAUACAAAAGGUAAGUCCAUCAUUGUGAUUGAAGAUAUUGAUUGCUCUCUCGAUCUUACGGGGCAGAGGAAGAGUAAAAAGGAGGAGGAUGAAGAGGAUGACGCGGAGAAGAAGAAGGAAGCUGACAAGAAGGAGAAGAAGGAAGCUGAGAAACUUAGUAAAGUGACACUCUCAGGGCUGUUGAACUCCAUUGAUGGGUUGUGGUCAGCUUGUAGUGAUGAGAAGAUUAUUAUAUUCACAACUAACUUUGUGGAUAAGCUUGAUCCAGCUUUGAUAAGGAGAGGGAGGAUGGACAACCAUAUUGAGAUGUCUUAUUGCAAGUUUGAAGCAUUCAAGGUGUUGGCUAAGAACUACUUGGAGAUUGAGUCACAUGAGUUGUAUGGAGAGAUUGAGAGACUGCUGGAGGAAACCGACGUGUCUCCUGCUGAUGUUGCGGAGACUUUGAUGCCGAAAUCUGAUGAAGAAGAUGCAGAUGCUUGCAUCAAGCGUUUGGUGAAGACUGUUGAAGAAGAGAAGGAGAAGGCAAAGAAGUUGGCUGAGGAAGAAGAGAAGAGUAAGGCAGAGAAGGAAGAGAAGAGGAAGAAGAAGAAAGCAGAGGAAGAAGAGAAGAAGAAGAAGACAGAGGAAGAAGAGAAGAAGAAGAAAGAAAAGAAAGUGGAGGGCUCGGAGGAAAACGGCAGCGUUUCUGUGGAAAAUGGUAUCAAGUAAAAAGACAUUAGUUUGUUGUGGGUAAGGUUGAACUUUGGGUGAAGAUCUUUCACCGAAAGUGUUGUACUUUGGCAUAGUGUUGCGAAAUGGAAAUAUUGUAAAACUUAUAAGAUUUUGUGUCUGGAAAUAAUACACAAAAAUACCAAUGGAUUAGGCUUUUUUUUUUACCGAUCAUAUCAUUACAAAAGUUUGUCCAAUCUCAUUUUGAAAAGGUUUUAUUUCUAUAUUUUCAUGUAUGAAUUAUACAUUAGGCUUCAAAAACCUCUCUAUUUUCUCUUUAUUUGAAAAGAAAAACAGAGAUUAACAUUUUACCAAAAAAAAAACAGAUAUUAACAAAAUACGCAGUAGGUUUUGUCAAGUUUAUGUAUGUCCAAAACGAUCAUAUUGCCAUGGGAGAUGAUCAUGGGAAUAAGACCUUGCUACCUGAUCUCCAAGAGGUCACUUAUUCACUUAUUCAGUUUCAAUAAUUCACAGCUAUAAAUAGUACAUGGUUUAACUAAUUAUUAUCCUUCUUCUUUUUUGACUAAAUUAUCCUUCUCUUUUUUCAGUUCCACGCUAAGUGAUCCUUCGGAAUAUCUCACAUCAGUGGAGGGUGACCAUCAUGUAAAUCCGAGUUUUUUUUUUUUUUUGGUAAAAUGUUAAAUAUUAUACCAAUUUUCAAAUUUGUGACAGAAGUUACAAAGUGAACUAGUAGCGGAUAACCAAAAAUAAACUAAACAACAGAACGAAACGGGAAAGAACAGCCCAAACAGAAGCUAAACAAAGCUCAUUAACCUGCUAAGCAACGAAACAGGCUCAGACCAAAGAACCGAGCCUGGUCGGGGACGAGAGUCGGGCACCACGAGCUACCGAGAGAAAGGCGCUCUCAAACCUUGAAACAACGGCUCCUGCAGCUUCCGAAAACCCUUCCCAAACCUGAGACGGACAGAGAAUCCAAACACAAAGACACACCCAUAACACCCGACAGAUAUACUUCCGACGGCACGAGAGAGAACCACCUAGCGACGAUGCCGUCGUUCGGAAGGACGACCUGAAGAUUGCCGUCUCCAGCCUAUCCCGCUGUGACCGUUUACACCCAUUGAACCGAGAACUCAUAUAGAGAAAACGGACCUCCAAGUUGCUAACCCUCCGAAAGCACACUGCA